UUUAACCUCCCGCCCCCUCAGCGCAGUCUCUGGUAAUCCGUCACGGAGGUGGUGUCACCAUCUCUGCAUCAACUUUGUUAUCAGACGUUGUCAUUUUACUCUUAGGUGCAACGGACUUUUCUCUUCUUAUGUGUACAUCUAUUUGUGUGAAGAUGAAUAGCUUGAAGGCGUUUAAGGAGCCAUUCGAUAGAAUAAUCUCUGAACCAGUGGAGGACACAGAUACUAGUAGCUUCAUGGCAGAAAUGUCCUUGAAGUCCAACUAUCCAGUCCAAGUCACAGAACAUCAAGAUACAGUGACACUGCAGCUGAGGUCCAUGCCACCUGGCUACCUAACACCUCUCUCAGACAGAAUAAGACAGCCAGUGGAAGAUGGUGUAGAGUGCAUUUGCACAGGCUCCAUCUCACCAGACUUCCCCAAGGAGCUGCAGUUCUUGAACAACCCAUGUGAGAAGUGCUGCUGCUCAGCUCCACCUCCAAAGAUCAGUGACCUGAUGGAUGACAACGACUUGCUUGAUUUACUGCGUCAUAAACUGGACCCAAAUCAUUGCACUGUCAAGAACUGGAAGAACUUUGCGAGCCGUUGGGGUAUGAGCUAUGAUGAGCUGACUCUGCUGGAGCACCGGACCCAGGGCUCAAUGUGCCACAGCCCCACACAAGAGUUCCUGCUGCGCAACAACCACAAGACCGUCACUGAGCUCACCGAACUUUGCCGGGUCUACCAGCGCAUUGAUGUGCUGCGGCUUCUGCAACGCUGGAUGGAGAACGACUGGCCCUCACGCUGGCAAAAUGCUCAUUAACCACAUAUCCCCAAUCCCACAAAUGAUACAUAUUACUUUUUACAUUUUGCUAUCCACUUUAUUGAAUUAGCAAUGACAUCAGGGACUAGGACCAUUUGUUAUCAGAAGCCUAUUUAUUUAACAACCAGUGGUUCCCGGAUUUUAGAUGAGUUGGUGUGCAAAAGACAACUGGAUCACGUUAUGACUCCUGUGGAGUUGAGGACUAAAUGGGACUGGUUGUCAUUUUGUACUUGUUACCAAUACUGUAGUUCUGAUUAUCUCAACCAGCACAUUAUUUUAUUUUUCCAAAGGUUCCUCAACCACAGAAUUGUUGUGUGUUCAAGUGUUGGUGUUCCCACAAAAAUGACCAGGCGGCUAGAACAUAAAAAGUGGAACUGUAUUAAACAACAUAGCACGUAAAGAAGGUGAGGUGGGAAAAAGAGAAGGAGAUUAAAAGGGUGAAUUGUUAAUCAAUUUUUACUUUUUAGAACAGUGACCAUGUGACAAUCAAUGUAGUAGAUAUCAUAUGUCAAAGGUGACAGUGUUGCGUUUUGGUCUUUAUAGUCUCAUAAAAAUAGGAAUAAUCUCCAAAUAAUGUAUUGUUUUUAUUCAUAGUUAAUGAGUCUUGAUUAUUUUGGGAUAGUUUGAAGCUGAGGUUGUUUUUUCAAUUGAGAUAUUUCACUACAGUUUGAAUCCUAAUUAGGAAUUUGCCCUUACGCUUUAACCUGAAUGUGGUUCCAAUUCCUCUCCCCACCCCGACUUGAAGCAAAUAAAAGCUAGA